GGCCCAUUUUCCAUCGUCCUCUGUGAUCUACUUGGUGAUGGGAGCAGGACAGAGGCCGAUAAAGGGGAAGAGACGACCAGGGUCUGCAGAGUCCUAAACUGUGGUCCGGGAAGGAGAAGGGUUGAGGUGGAGGAUGGGCAUUUGUGCCCCGGCGGGAGGCGGGGCGGGCUCACAUUGGCCCAGCGGGCGCCCCUCCUCGCCGGGUUGACCCGGCCAAGGCCCAGGAAAAGCUGAGGCGAUCUCGGCGAGAGAGGAGAAAUGGCUGAGUUUACGCGGCUGCAGAACGCCCUGGCGCUGCUUCGCCUACGAAACCCGCCGGUCAACGCUCUCAGUGUGUCUGUACUCCAUGGAAUAAAAGAGGGGUUGCAGAAAGCUCUAACAGAUCAUACAGUAAAAGCCAUUGUGAUUUGUGGAACAGAUGGCAUCUUCUCUGCAGGUGCCGAUAUCCAUGGCUUCAGCGCUCAUAAAACCUCUGACUUAACACUGGGAGAUAUAGUAGAUAAAAUACAGAGAUAUGAGAAGCCUGUGGUGGCUGCUAUCCAAGGCUUGGCUUUAGGAGGAGGACUGGAGCUGGCCCUGGGCUGUCACUAUAGGAUUGCCCAUGCAGAGGCUCAAGUUGGCUUUCCAGAAGUCACACUUGGAAUCCUUCCUGGUGCAAGAGGAACCCAGCUUCUCCCCAGACUUAUUGGAGUUCCUGCUGCACUUGACUUAAUUACCUCAGGAAGACAUAUUUCAGCAAAUGAAGCCCGUAAGCUGGGUAUUCUAGAUGAAGUUGUGAACUCAGACCCAGUUGAAGAAGCAAUCAGAUUUGCCCAGAGAGUUUUAGAUCAAACUCUAGAAUCCCGUAGAAUCUGCAAUAAGUCAGUUCAGAGCUUGUCCAACAUGGACACCAUUUUCAGUGAAGCCCUUUUGAAGAUGCGAAAGCAGUACCCUGGGUGCCUUGCUCAGGAGACUUGCGUCCGUGCAGUCCAGGCCGCUGUCCAAUAUCCCUAUGAGACGGGCAUCAAGAAGGAAGAGGAGCUGUUUAUGUACCUUCAGAAAUCAGGGCAGGCUAGAGCCCUGCAAUAUGCUUUCUUGGCGGAGAGGAGUGCAAAUAAGUGGUCCACUCCCUCUGGAGCAUCCUGGAAAACAGCAUCGGCACAGCCCAUCUCCUCUGUUGGCAUUCUCGGCUUGGGAACGAUGGGCCGAGGCAUUGCUGUUUCUUUUGCAAAGGCCAAAAUCCCCGUGAUUGCUGUAGAACCAGACAAGAAGCAACUAGAGAAUGCCAACAAGAUAAUAACCUCCCUCUUGGAAAAGGAAGCAUCCAAAAUGCAGCAGAGUGGCCAUCCUUGGUCAGGACCAAAACCCAGGUUAACUACAUCUAUGAAAGAGCUUAGUGGUGUAGAUUUAGUCAUUGAAGCAGUAUUUGAGGAAAUGAACCUGAAGAAACAGGUCUUUGCUGAACUGUCAGCCGUGUGCAAGCCACAAGCAUUUUUGUGCACCAAUACUUCCGCCCUGGACAUUGAUGAAAUUGCUUCUUCCACCAAUCGUCCUCACUUAGUCAUUGGCACCCACUUCUUCUCACCAGCUCAUGUGAUGAAGUUGUUAGAGGUUAUUCCCAGCCGAUACUCUUCCCCCACUACCAUUGCCACUGUUAUGAAUUUAUCAAAAAAGAUUAAGAAAAUUGGAGUAGUUGUAGGCAACUGUUUUGGAUUUGUUGGAAAUCGAAUGUUGAAGCCUUAUUAUGAUCAGACAUAUUUCUUAUUAGAAGAUGGCAGUAUGCCAGAGGAGAUAGAUCAGGUGCUGGAAGAGUUUGGUUUCAGAAUGGGACCUUUUAGAGUAUCUGAUCUUGCUGGGUUGGAUAUAGGUUGGAAAUCUCGGAAAGGGCAAGGUCUUACUGGACCUGCAUUGCCUCCAGGAACUUCUGCCCGAAAGCGAGGCAACCAGAGGUACUGCCCAGUUCCUGAUAUGCUCUGUGAAUUGGGACGGUUUGGCCAGAAGACAGGUAAGGGUUGGUACCUUUAUGAUAAGCCAUUGGGUAGGAUUCACAAACCUGAUCCCUGGUUUUCCAAAUUUCUGACACAGUACAGAGAAACCCAUCACAUUGAACCACGUGUCAUUAGCCGGGAUGAGAUCCUUGACCGCUGCUUAUAUUCACUCAUCAAUGAAGCAUUCCGCAUCCUGGAAGAUGGGAUAGCAGCUACCCCAGAGCACAUUGAUGUGGUCUAUUUACACGGGUAUGGAUGGCCAAGGCACAGGGGUGGGCCUAUGUUCUAUGCUUCCACAGUUGGGUUGCCCACAGUGCUAGAGAAGUUGCAGAAAUAUCACAGGCAGAAUCCUGAUAUUCCCCAACUAGAGCCUUGUGACUAUCUGAAAAAACUGGCUUCCCAGGGAAACCCUCCCCUGAAAGAAUGGCAAAGCUUGGCAGGACCCCCCAGCAGUAAGUUGUGAUUCAGCCUUUUGGGUUUUGACUCACAUAUUGGCAUCAGGUAAUGCUUGCUGAAUUUCAUUGAAAUUAAAUCCAAGAUCCAAAGUAAGAGGGCUCUGAAAUACAAAGCAAAAGGAAUAAUCAGUUGGCUAAACUUCCUCUUUGGGUCUUCUGUCUGAUGGUAAUUCUAAUGUCAGAUCUUCAGGAAUGUGCUUCUUAUGCCUCAGAAUCUGUCCCUAACAGAUAAAUGACUUUAAUCACGGGGAAUAAACUUGUGUUAACACCAUAAUAGCUAAGGAGAAAGCCUCAGGAAUAAGUUGAGGUUCUCAAAUUCUUUGAUCUUUGGAGGAAUAUAUCAUCAAUUGUUAACUGAUAAAUGCAGCUGAGUCCUAAAUUCAUUCUGAGACCUUUCAGCCUCACACAUGUAGGAAGUCUUAUGGACCCUUCACUCAACAGACAUUUAUUGUGCCCCCCUGAGCAUCUUGCACAGCACUCAACAGAUCUAGAGUCCAGAGGGGCAUUAAUCCUGCAAGGAAGCUGGGAUAAAGAUCAGUUCAUAGCCUCAGAGGUGGAGCAGAGAUGGUUGGCAGGGUAGAGUCGGCAGUGAGGGUCUCUAUGCAUGAGUUGAAAAGCUGCCCAAGGAGAGGCAGAGGCGAUAACCAGAGACAAGGUAUCAACAGCAGAACAGUGUUAAUGCUGUAGGCCAAACACAGUUGGGAAUUGGUGAGGAAAUCACAAUCUUCCCACCAGAAUGUGGAACUCAGGGUAGUGUGGCAAGUCAUGCUCAAUAACCAUUCCUGUCCAAGGCCCAUGUGCAUAGUUGUCUUUGCUGUUUGUUCCCAAUGUUUGAUGGUAAUUUCCUCAGGACCCAGGAUGUCUACAACCUGGUCAGUCAGUCUUUCUUUCUCUCUCUCUCUCUUUCUUGGCCCAUACUUGUGGCAUAAGGAAGGUUCCCAGGCAAGGGGUCCAGUCAGAGCUAUAGCUGCCAGCCUACGCCACAGCCACAGCAACACUAGAUCUGAGCCCCGUCUGCAACCUACACCACAGCUCACUGCAACGCUGGAUCCUUAACCCACUGAGCGAGGCCAGGGAUUGAACCUGCAACCUCAUGGUUACUAGUCUGAUUCGUUCCUGCUGCACCACAAUGGGAACUUCAACCUGGUCUUUCUUUACUCAUAUUCAAGAAGGAGUAAGUCGUUGACUUAGUAUAAGAAGAGAUCUCAGGGAUCUAACCUCCUUCGACUAUGUGAUAGAGUAAUGGUGCUAGUUCCUCUGUCAUGACAGUUCCGCUGUCACCCCUUUGUUGGGUGUGAAAUGGUCACAACUUGACAAAUCUAAAAUUAUUACAGAAAAAUUUCUUAUAGUUUUGUUACAAGAAUUCUUCUCUUUUUACUUUUUGCCUUGUACAGUUAAAAGUUGAGGGGCUGGUCAACAUCAAAACUUAUACACAUGUUUAUAGCAGAAUUACUCAUAAUAACCACAAGUUGGAAACAACCCAAAUGCCCAUCAACUGAUGAAUGGAUAAAUAAAAUGUAGAAUAGCCAUACAAUAGGAUAUUAUUUAAUUAUAAAAAGAAAUUAAGUGCUCAUACAUGCUACAUAAUGAACCUUGCAAAUAUUAUGCUAAGUGAAAAAAACAGGUAAAUAUAUUAAGAUAGAAGCAGAUUAUAGGUUGCCUGAGGCUGGAAUGAUUGGAGGCUGGGGAGUGAUUGGAAUGGGUACAGGGUUUCUUUGGGGGUUGAUUAAAAUGUUCUGAAAUUAUUGUGGUGAUGGUUACUUAACUCUGUGAAUCUACUAAAAACCAUUGAAUUGUAAACCUUAAAUGGGUGAACUGUAUGGUAUGUGAAUUAUAUCUUAAUAAAGUUAAUAAACAAACAAA